AUGCGAGGAGGCAAGAAGACCGUCCUCGUAAUCAACGGUCCUAACUUGAAUCUGCUGGGCCUCAGAGAACCACACAUCUACGGCCACGAGACCUUGAAGGACGUUGAGAACACGGGCGUCACGCUUGGCCAGAAACUGGACGCGGUGGUGGAAUUCUUUCAGACAAACUGGGAAGGUGCUUGUAUCGACCGCAUUCAACAGGCAAGGACCGACGGUACUGAUGGGAUAGUCAUCAACCCUGGUGGCUGGACGCAUACUUCUGUUGCAAUCCGUGAUUCACUGUUAGGAGUCUCGGUGCCCUUUAUCGAACUACAUGUGUCGAACAUCCACGCGCGUGAGGAGUGGAGACAUCACUCCUACUUCUCUGACAAGGCGAAAGCUAUCAUAGCUGGUUGUGGAGCCUCUGGCUACGAGUAUGCGAUCGAUUAUGUUAUCAAGAAAUUCCCUGAGAGAUCCGAGCCUUCAGAGUCUGGAGCAGCUGCUACCUAG